ACCAGUCAGCGAUGCCGGGUGGAUGGGAACUAACUUCGGACAAGGAAAGACGCGGGGCCCAGGGUACUCUCACGGGCGGACCCAGGCAGUGAAGGCCUGCGGCCGGCCAGCCAGGGCAGCGGCGUGGCGGCGGGCGCGGCCAGGACCUGCAUCAGUAAGCCCUGAGCCCUCGGCGGGCUGCGAGUGACUCCCAGCGAUGCCUCACAACUCCAUCAGAUCCGGCCACGGAGGGCUGAACCAGCUGGGAGGGGCCUUUGUGAAUGGCAGACCUCUGCCCGAAGUGGUCCGCCAGCGCAUUGUAGACCUGGCCCACCAGGGCGUGAGGCCUUGCGACAUCUCUCGCCAGCUCCGCGUCAGCCAUGGCUGCGUCAGCAAGAUCCUUGGCAGUAGGUACUACGAGACUGGUAGCAUCCGGCCUGGAGUGAUAGGGGGCUCCAAGCCCAAGGUGGCCACGCCCAAGGUGGUGGAGAAGAUUGGGGACUACAAGCGACAGAACCCGACCAUGUUUGCCUGGGAGAUCCGAGACCGGCUCCUGGCCGAGGGCGUCUGUGACAAUGACACUGUGCCCAGUGUCAGCUCCAUUAACAGAAUCAUCCGGACCAAAGUACAGCAACCAUUCAACCUCCCCAUGGAUAGCUGUGUGGCCACCAAGUCCCUGAGCCCAGGACACACGCUGAUCCCCAGCUCAGCUGUAACGCCCCCAGAGUCCCCCCAGUCGGACUCCCUGGGCUCCACCUACUCCAUCAACGGGCUCCUGGGGAUUGCCCAGCCUGGCAGCGACAGCAAGAGGAAAAUGGAUGACAGUGACCAGGACAGCUGCCGGCUGAGCAUCGACUCGCAGAGCAGCAGCAGCGGGCCCCGAAAGCACCUUCGCACCGAUGCCUUCAGCCAGCAUCACCUCGAGCCGCUCGAGUGCCCGUUCGAACGGCAGCACUACCCAGAGGCCUACGCCUCCCCCAGCCACACCAAAGGCGAGCAGGGCCUCUACCCGCUGCCCUUGCUCAACAGCGCUCUGGACGACGGGAAGGCCACCCUGACCCCUUCUAAUACACCCUUGGGACGCAACCUCUCAACUCACCAGACCUAUCCCGUGGUGGCAGAUCCUCAUUCACCCUUCGCCAUAAAGCAGGAAACCCCCGAGGUGUCCAGUUCUAGCUCCACCCCUUCCUCUUUAUCUAGCUCCGCCUUUUUGGAUCUGCAGCAAGUCGGCUCCGGGGUCCCAGCCGGUGCCUCGGUCCCGCCCUUCAAUGCCUUUCCCCAUGCUGCCUCCGUGUACGGGCAGUUCACGGGCCAGGCCCUCCUCUCAGGGCGAGAGAUGGUGGGGCCCACGCUGCCCGGAUACCCACCCCACAUCCCCACGAGCGGACAGGGCAGCUAUGCCUCCUCUGCCAUCGCAGGCAUGGUGGCAGGAAGUGAAUACUCUGGCAAUGCCUACGGCCAUACCCCCUACUCCUCCUACAGCGAGGCCUGGCGCUUCCCCAACUCCAGCCUGCUGAGUUCCCCAUAUUAUUACAGUUCCACAUCAAGGCCGAGCGCACCACCCACCACCGCCACGGCCUUUGACCAUCUGUAGUUGCCAUGGGAACAGUGGGAGCAACCGAGCAACAGGAGGACUCGGCCUGGGACAGGCCCCAGAGAGUCACACAAAGGAAUCUUUAUUUAUUACAUGAAAAAUAACCACAAGUCCAGCAUCGCGGCUCACUCCCUGUGUGGUUAAUUUAAUGAACCAUGAAAGACUGGAUGACCUUGGAGAAGGCCAACUGUCCUCCAAGACUCCUUAAGGAGGGGCAGGAGUCCCAGGGAAGGAGAACCAUCCCAUUCCAAAAAAGACAAAAUUGGAGAAGAAAUGGGGCCCCCAGCUGGAACCCACCGAAGGAGAGAGGAGGGCGCAGCCGGGGACAGUGGGGGGAGGUUAGGGGGAUGGUGAUUGGCUCUCACCUGGGCCCAAGGUGUGCACAGGGCACCUCCGUGGCCCUGUCGUCAACACAGCUCUAGCAGUUAUGAACUGAAAGCUCUUCCUUCCAGCCCACAAGUCACAGCCUGGAGCCGAAGCUCUCCCCACCAGCCACCCUGGAGUCACCCUCCUCUGCUCCGCCUGUCCUCCUUGCCGGCUGGGUAGGGUCAAUCAGAAACUCCCGGCUGUCAGCUGACCUUCCUUUGCCUGCUGCUGUGAUGUGCGAGCCCCACCCCAGGUUCUCCUACAGUGGGUCAUCCCUUUGGCAGCUGCGGUCAGCCGGGCCGGCCUCAGGUGGCUGGAGACAGACAUUCUGAAGGGCUCUGUCCCCUGGGAGGUGAGGCGUGGAUCUGCCCCGGCACAGGGAGGCGGAAUUCCAGGGGACCCACUGCCCCCUCCCGACAGCUCUGCCAAGCCAAGUGUGCUUCCUGCAGCCCAAGCCCACCAGCUACCGAAGAGACCCCGAGGCAGGCACGGAGGCUCCCCCUCUGGCUCCCGCAGCGCCUGCCCCCAAGGCCUGACUGUAUAUACUGUACAUGAAACGCUGUUUGGGUCAAGCUUUCCUCUUUCCACCGCCCAGACUUUGGCCUCCGAGUGCAUUGUCUCCCUGCCAUGUCCGGCUUCUCUCCUUGACGCUUCUUUCUUUUUUAAAAGACAACCCACCAUUGCCAUUGCCAUGUGACUCAAUAAACCAUUACUCUCCA